GAAGCAAAGAAAGGAAACAAUCUUUUUCUUUAUUCAGUUGACUAUAUAAGAUACUUGGCUUCCAGGAACAAAAAACACAGUGAAAUAAUAAGAUUAUCAUUUUGCAUCAUUGGAGCGUGUUUGGUGGAACUUCCCGAGUUGAGAUUUGGAAUCUUCAUUGGUGCUCAUUAUACCUUGGACUGUAAGCAUGAGUGAAUUCUGGUUGUGUUUCAACUGCUGUAUUGCAGAGCAGCCUCAGCCUAAAAGGCGACGACGGAUUGACCGAAGCAUGAUUGGAGAGCCUACAAACUUCGUACACACGGCUCACGUAGGAUCAGGAGACCUCUUCAGCGGAAUGAACUCAGUUAGCUCCAUUCAGAACCAGAUGCAGUCCAAGGGAGGCUACGGCGGUGGAAUGUCUGCCAAUGUGCAGAUGCAGCUUGUGGACACGAAGGCAGGAUAACCCCAUCCCCUCUCCAGUCAUUGUGAAUUUCUAUAUUUCCUCUAUCCACUAUUCUAUAAUUUUUUUUGUCUUGUGAUUGUGGUUUCUUUUAAUUAUAAAAAAAGAAGUGUGAUGGCAUCUGUUCACCCUCCUGUGAUUACUCCAGUGACACUUCACUGUUCUGCUCUGAAGAAGAUACUGUCAGACGAACCCUGCGUUUCCUCAGCGCAUGCCUCGGACUCACGGACAGAGUUCUCUGGAUGGUAGCUUGAAUAUCUGUAUGGAUCUGAUCUUUGCAUGAUUUUUUUUGUAAAUGCUAAAACCAUUUUGCAAUUUUUUUUUUGAUUUUAAAUGUUUUUCUAUUCACCGCCAACUGUCUGCCUUUUAUUAGGAAAGACCUGCUAUUAUUUGUUAACUUACCACCAUUUAUGUAUAUAUUGGAAGGUAUGAGACCCACAAGCACAAUGAUCAUUUUUGUUUGUUUUUGAAACUGCAGCAGAAUAGAUUAUCUGCAUGCUUUAUGAAGUUGUUUUGAUGGGAGCCCAUGGGAUGCCAGAGAUGAAAAUUUCUUUGCUGCCCUGGGCUGCUGCUGCUAUUAGAUACAGAACGUUUAGCUGUGGCACCAAGGCACAUUGUCUUCACAGAGAAAGGUAACUUGUAGCUUAUUCUGGUCUGUUUGACUAGAAUUGCAAUAAAAAGAAAAGCUUGCAUUCAUUCUGUUGUAAAUGUUCAGUAUAUUUAUUUUGAGAGCAAGGACCUGUGAUUGUAACAGGGGUGGUUGCGUAACACUCUUCUCCAGUCUGAUUCUGAGCAUCUUCAUCUUACUAGCUGUUCGUUCACCUGUGUACUUACUUGUUUUUAUUUUAUAUUUAAUAUUAUGGUAUCCAGUUUUUUCCAGUAGCAUUUGUUGGACUUCUGGCCUGUACUGUCCCCACAGACCGCCAGAGUCACUGGCCUUUCUGUAUUUAGGGGCAUGGAUGUUGCCAAGAGCAACAUGCUGACCUGGCUAAAUUGUUGCCAGUGGAAAAACCACCCCCAUGGUGAGUCUUUAUGGUCGUGGUGAGAAGCCUUUGCUCAGGUUCCAGUGCAUGUUUAUCCUCCACAAAUUUUGUGUAUUCAUAUAUUUUUGUAAAGGUUUCUUCUUCCCUCUUAAACUGUAGUGUUAAGCCAGAGUCAGUGGUUUGUGUUCUCAUUAAAAUGUUUAAAUCCUAUGUCUAAUUCAGGCCUUUCUAGCUACAUUUGGUAAGAUCAACAUUUCAUGCAACAAAUGGGGCUUACUUGAAAACUUAGAGAGCUAUAGGGAAUUAGGUAAUUAAAGGAACAGUGAUCAUUUUCUCUUUUGCUUUCAUUUUUACCUUAGUCCCAAGUUCUGUGAAACAGGUAACUGAAUAAAUGGUAGGUUUAGGAAGGCAAAACACGAAAGCCCUUCUCUCCCAAUGUUUUUGAAUUUCAUUUAGCCAGUCAGGUGGGGCACCUUGUAUUUUGCAAUUUUGAACCUUCAUCUGUCCCAAGCCCAGAGAGAAUCUGUCAAGGAAAAACAAAUAGGCAAUUUACAGUUUGUUUAACUUGCUGUGUGCAAGCUCUUUCUUCAAAAGACAGAUUUUCUUGCAUUGUCAGCACUGAUGCUAUUUAAUUUACUUCUGUUUUGACUAUUUAAAUUAGUACAGUUUUCUAUUUGUCAUAUAACUCCUGGAACUACAAUACAGGGAACCAUGGUCCCUUUUUCCCGUCUUUCCUGCUGCUCCAAGGACAGCAAGUAUUGGAGGCUUCUCUGCAGCAAGCUGGGCUUUUUAGCCUGUGACUAUUCUACAGGCACAGUUAACUGUGCCAUGUACAAGAACACGUGCCAGUGGUGCCUGGGAAAGUGCCAGAAAAGUCAAGAAAAUUACAAAAAAAGUUGAGGUGUGAAGGGGGGGAGGUCAUUUGUUCCCCAUAGCAAUGUAUCAUUUUUAAAUUGAAGCUAAUUAAAUAAAUAAAUAGGAUUUUACUGCUCAAAAUUCAUUAUACUGAAUACUUUGCUGAAAUAUAUGCUAAGCAAGGGAAGGCGAAUGAAGAUUUACUCACACGGAUUCUGUUAGCAGUGAUCUGCAAGAGGUACUUUCCCACGGUGUGGGCGCGAACUGGUGCCAAUAAGCAGAGUGGAAAUGUUGACGCUGGGCCCAGCAUUUCCAGUGCAGCACCAUCUCAGUGGGCCUUUAAAAAUACUUUACUUUGUGAGUACAUUAGCUUUCGUUAUUAAAUUAUAGCAGUUUCAUUAUAGAGAACAAGUUUGCCUUGAUUUUAGUUAAAAUGACUUCUGCUGAGCACCAAGAUAAAAUUGACUUAUUUUUAUAAUGUAAGUGUACUUUUUUUGUACAUUGUGUUCAUCCUUGAAUAAAGUGAGUUCAGUGUU